CAAAAAAUUGACCCUCCCAGUUGGCGGCCACGGCAGAAUCUAAGUCCGACUCAGCCCUGUGGUUGGCUGUCAACAGCCCGGCCCCUAGGAGCCCCGCGAUUUGGGUGUUCACCGCCUUUGGGCACUGUGCCUGUGAUGGUGGGGUUAACCUGGCAAAACGGCAGGACAACCCCGCCAUCGACAUCACUUGUCCCCAUCACAGUUCAGAGAAGCUUCCAAGCAAGGUCAACGCCAAACCAAUGCGCCUGGGCAGAACUCAAAAGACUGUAAUUGAGAGGUUCACUUUCUUGAAGAUCAGGGACUGUAUUGGCGUCAAUUCAGAAUUCUUCAUACCGCAACAGAGUUUUUCACACCACAACUCAAAAUUCACACUCGCCACUCAAACAACUACUUAAACAGAGGACUCCCUCGCUCCAGCCUCGGAUUUCUUUCACCCUAGACCAAGUCAUCAACACCUGAACCGCACUUCCCACCAACACUAGCCAGAUACACACAGAUCUACACCAACCGACAAGAUGUCGCGUCACAGAGCUAUCCGCAACUUGGACUAUGAGGAGGUGCUGGAUGAGUACGAGGUGGAUCUACAGGAAGAGGAGGAGAAUCGACUUCUUAUGGAACAGGGCGUGGUCGAUGUUCGCAGUGCCCUCGACACGGAGGCGUCAAAGGUCACCAAAGAGCAAAUCGAGGAGGCUCUCUGGCACUACUAUUUUGACGUUGACAAAUCGGUGACAUAUCUGACCAACAAAUUCAUCAACCGCCCAGCACCAAAGGCACCGAAGCCCGCCACCCAGAAGCCCACUGCUACAAUUUCCUGCGAGUUUGAAGACUCGUCAGACUGGGCCGAGAACAACCGACACGGACUGGGCGGCCGAUGUUCACCACAGACGGGGUCUCGACAAGACGAUGUGGGCUUCUGGGUGUCGGGAUCAUGCCCUUCAUAUCCCCUGCCCCAGGCAUCCCUGCCUGCCCUCUUUCACGACAUGCCUUGGGGAAACAUCCCUAAGGAUAGAGAAAGUGUCUUGAUUCCGCCCGUGGUACCGCGAUCGCGGUGUGGGCUUCUUGGAGGCACAGGAGCGGCGCCAAAGAUGACCAAGCUCCAAGCACUGGCUGCAGCGAGGAAGAAGAAGGCUCAGGAGAAAUCGUCGGAGCAAGAGGUGGAACAAACUCGAGCUCAGAUGACGGGCCUUUCUGUCAGUAGCAGUUCGACAGAGAAGGAAAACAUGCCCUUGUCAGGUGCAUUCAGCAAGCGUCUCAAGACCUCUUCGUCAACUGCACAGGGGCGUGUGCCUAUCAUUCCUACAGAGCCGAGAUCAGAGUCUGAGCAGCAGAGCGCCAAUCCCAUCACAAAAGAACCAGAGGUGGUCGAAGAGCCUGCUCAGGCCCCGCCUGUCAAGAAAGCUCAACCUUCCGCCUUUGCCCAGACGCUUUUUAGCAGCCAUACCCCCGCCAUCACCAUCCGACAGGAUGUGGUUACAUUGGGACUCGCGCCGUCUGUCCUUGAAGCAUUUUCGAAGCCCAGUCCGGAUGACAUCGUUCUCGCGGCUCAAGCGAAAGCCGGAAAGAAGCCCCCAGCCGGUCAGAGCAAAAAGUCAAAAUCAAGCAAUACAGAUUCACUAUCCAGUUCGGUCUCGGAGCUGAAGAUCGACGAUACCCCUCUUCCAAAAAGCCGAAACAUCAACGUUCUCUCCGAGUUUGAGAAGAGCACCAAAAAGAAGAGUGCCAGUUUUGUUGUGGUUGGCCAUGUCGAUGCUGGCAAGAGCACCAUGAUGGGUCGGCUACUACUUGACCUUGGUGUUGUUGACCAGCGUACUGUCGAGAAACUCCGAAAAGAAGCCCAUACGAUAGGCAAAUCAUCAUUUGCUCUUGCUUGGGUUUUGGAUCAGGGGUCAGAAGAGCGGACCCGCGGUGUCACCAUUGAUAUUGCCACGAACCGAUUCGAGACAGAGACGACAGCUUUCACCAUCCUUGACGCCCCAGGACACAGAGACUUCAUCCCCAACAUGAUAGCUGGGGCCAGCCAGGCUGAUUUUGCCGUUCUUGUUAUCGACGCCAGCACGGGUGCCUUUGAGUCCGGGCUCAAGGGCCAAACCAAGGAACACUCUCUCCUGCUUCGAAGCAUGGGCGUGGCGCGCAUUAUUGUGGCCGUCAACAAGCUUGACAUGGUGAAUUGGUCACAGGAGAGAUUUGACGAGAUCAAGAACCAAGUCUCCGGAUUCUUGUCGGCCACCGGCUUUCAAAAAAUGAAUAUCGCCUUCGUACCAGUAUCCGGGCUGCACGGUGACAACAUGGUCAAAAGAUCCGAGAACCCUGCUGUUGGGUGGUACACUGGACCCACCCUCAUCGAAGAGCUUGAGCGUUCGGAACCAAGUGCUCGAGCUACGAAGAAGCCUCUCAGAGUCAACAUUUCCGAGGUUUUCCGCACACAGCAAAGUCAGGCCACAGUUUCUGGACGUGUUGACGCCGGAUCUUUGCAAAUGGGAGACGCCGUUCUGGUCCAGCCGGCCACGGAGAAGGCCUUCAUCAAGUCCAUCCUUGUGGACGAGGCCCCGGCUGACUGGGCUGUCGCCGGACAGAGCGUGGUAUUACAUCUCAGCCACAUCGACCCAAUGCAUGUCAAAUCCGGCGACAUUAUCUGCGACCCCAACAAGCCAAUCCCCAAAGAUAAGACGUUCACGUUGAAGGCGCUGGCGUUUGACUUUUUGAUGCCGAUGCAAGUGGAUGUCCACCGGGGACGACUACAUUCGGCAGGGAAGAUUAUCGCGAUGCCUGCGCUGCUGGACAAGACCACCGGUGGGGUGAAGAAGAAGAAUCCAAGGCUGGUGAAGCCAGGGGAGGUUGCCAGAGUGCGAGUGGAGUUGGACGAUCAGGUGCCGCUGGAGGCUGGUCAGAGGGUGGUUUUGAGAAGUGGUGGGGAGACUAUUGCUGCUGGUUUGCUGGAGUGAUUAUCAAGAUAUCGAUAGAGGGACAAGAUAGGGAUGCUGUAGGGGUUAAUCAGUUUUCUUUUGUCAAGGCAAGCUAUACCAGAUAUCUCUCGGGAAUCCUUAGAUAGGAGGGGCAUGUGAAUCUUUUUUUUGAGCUUUUGUGAAACAAUCUCCGAGUUUUUCGUGGCUAGUAUCUGAGCUUUUGUUAGACGGUAUCUGAGCUUCUCAAGAAACCUGGAAGUUAUC